CUAAUUUUCGCACGAUGGCUCUGAUGCUAUUGGCAACACUGUCUAAGCCGGUCGACUUUUUCUCUCCCGUUCCUCCCUUCGUCUGCCACUCUGUCAGCGUAGCUCACACAGGACGAUUCCCUCCGGACACCUCGCACACACCACCAUGACAACCUACUUCAGCUACCCUACCCCUGAGCUUCAGGCCGAACUGCGAGGCAUCGCCAAUGCCAUCGUGACGCCUGGCAAGGGUAUCUUGGCCGCUGACGAGUCCACUGGCACCAUGGGUAAACGCCUGUCCAACAUCGGUUUGGAAAACACCGAAGAAAACAGGAGGAAAUAUCGCCAGUUGCUCUUCACCUCCGACAAGGAACUCGGAAACCACAUCUCCGGGGUGAUUUUGUUCCACGAAACCCUCUACCAGAAAAGCGACAGCGGUGUCCCCUUCGUCGACCUCAUCAAACAGUUGGGCAUCAUUCCUGGCAUCAAGGUCGACAAAGGUGUUGUGCCAUUGAUGGGAUCUGAAGGCGAAAGCACCACCCAAGGACUUGAUGAUCUUGCACAGCGCUGUGCUCAGUAUAAAAAGGAUGGCUGCCAGUUUGCCAAAUGGCGCUGUGUGCUUAAGAUUGGACAGAACACUCCCAGCUACCUUGGCAUGUUGGAAAACGCCAACGUACUUGCACGUUACGCUUCCAUAUGCCAAAUGAACGGCCUCGUCCCUAUCGUCGAACCUGAGGUGCUGAUGGAUGGGUCCCACGAUCUCGUACGUGCCCAGAAAGUUACGGAAACUGUCUUGUCUUUCACUUACAAAGCUUUAAUGGAUCAUCACGUCUUCUUAGAAGGAACUCUACUCAAACCCAACAUGGUAUUGGCAGGACAGGAAUGUCCCAUUAAAUACACACCUCAACAAGCUGCAGAGGCCACUCUUCUGGCAUUAUCUCGAACUGUCCCAGCUGCUGUACCUGGCAUAUGCUUCCUCUCUGGUGGUCAGUCUGAAGAAGAGGCAACAGUCCAUCUCGAUGCCCUUAACAAGUGCACAGCAGCCAGAAAACCAUGGGCUCUCACUUUCAGUUAUGGCCGAGCACUUCAGGCCUCUGCUUUGAAGGCGUGGAGUGGCAAGGACGUGAAAGCUGGCCAAGUCGAACUGCUGAAGAGAGCCAAAGCCAACGGUGCUGCUUCUGUUGGCAAAUAUCAGGCUGGGAGCUCCAGUGGAGCUGCCAGUGGAGCUGGUCUCUUCGUCAAGAAUCACCAGUACUAAACAGAUUAUCUCAAGAUGUUGGUGUCAUAUGAUUUGUCGUAGGUUGUCAAGUGUGUGCUGACAAGGAGGGAGCUGUCUGUUAGAUAUCUUGCGUGUGGCUACUACUACUACUGUGAAGUUGAAUUGUUUUCAACUUCUGUUAAAGUGUUUUAAAUUAAUUCCCAUUCUUCUCCGGUAUUUUGACAGGCCUUCUGAAAAAAGCUUCAUGCACACUUAAUUUCAUAUUAGUGAUCUAAUA